AUCUGCCGUCAAGCUCUCAUUUACAGAGACGGAGAAGAGGAGAGAGAGAGAGAGAGAGAGGGAGAGAGCUGCAGCAAUGGCGCCGAAGACACCGAGGGUGAGCAGGAACCCGGAGCUGGUCCGCGGGGUCGGCAAGUACUCCAGGUCGCAGAUGUACCACAAGAAGGGUCUCUGGGCCAUCAAGGCCAAGCACGGCGGCCAGUUCCCCCGCCACGACCCUAAGCCGAAGCCUGAGGUCGCCGCCGCGAAGCCUCCCAAGUUCUACCCGGCUGACGACGUCAAGAAGCCCCUCACUAACAAGCGCAAGCCCAAGCCUACCAAGCUCAGGGCUAGCAUUACCCCGGGAACAGUGUUGAUUAUCCUCGCUGGGAGGUUUAAGGGCAAGAGGGUCGUAUUCUUGAAGCAGCUUCCGUCCGGAUUGCUCCUUAUCACUGGUCCUUUCAAGAUCAAUGGUGUGCCCCUCAGAAGGGUGAACCAGUCCUAUCUGAUUGCAACCUCAACCAAGGUUGACAUCUCUGGUGUUAAUGUUGAGAAGUUUGAUGAUAAGUACUUCGGGAAGAAAGCCGAGAAGAAGAAGAAGAAGGGAGAGGGCGAGUUCUUCGAGGCCGAGAAAGAGGAGAAGAACGUCCUUCCACAGGAGAAGAAAGAUGAUCAGAAAUCAGUGGACGCUCCCUUGAUAAAGUCCAUUGAAGGUGUGCCUGACUUGAAGACCUAUUUGGCUGCUAGAUUCUCUCUGAAGGCAGGCAUGAAACCUCACGAGCUCGUUUUCUAGACACCAAACAUUAGUGUUCAGAGGGUUUAUCUUGCACCUGUACUUCUGAAUAUCACUGGGCAGUAUAUUUGUUGUUCUGCUUUCAUUUUUGCCGUUCGUGUUAUGCGUUUUUGGAGUAAUAUGACCAUGCAAUACUUUCAAGACAUGAGAUGAGGUCCCAUCAAUUUCAUGAGCUGCAAUUUUACUA